AACAUUUCUUCCCGUUCCAACCUCUUUGCCUCAAUCUCCCCUUUCCCACCAAAAGCAAGCCCCUAUAAUCUAUCAAAACCAUGGUUCUGGAGCGAGAGCUAUCGAAGAAGGACGUGUGCGUGAUCGGUGCCGGACCGUCGGGGCUGGUGGCGGCAAGGGAGCUAAGGAAAGAGGGUCACACCGCUAUCGUCUUGGAACAAAACCACGACAUCGGGGGCCAGUGGUUGUACCAGCCGGACGUGGAGGCGGAAGAUCACUUGGGGAGAACCAAAUACCUGAAUGUACAUAGCAGCAUGUACGAUUCGCUGAGGCUUGCUUCCCCCAGGGAGAUAAUGGGGUUCACCGAUUUCCCAUUCUCGGUCAAGCAGAACAGGGACACCAGGAGAUUUCCAGGUCACAAGGAGCUUUGGUUGUACCUUAAAGAUUUUUGUGAAUUUUUCGGGUUGAAAGAGAUGAUAAGGUUUAACACUAGGGUUGAAUACGUGGGGAUGUUGGAUUAUGGUGAUUUUGGGAAAGAUCUAAAAUGGGUUGUUAAAAGUAAAGAGAAGAAUGGUGAAAAAACUGUGGAAGAAGUGUUUGAUGCUGUUGUUGUUGCCACUGGUCAUUACUCUCACCCCAGGUUGCCUUCCAUCAAAGGAAUGGAUGCAUGGAAACGGAAGCAAAUUCAUAGCCAUGUUUAUAGAGUUCCGGAGCCGUUUACAAAUGAGGUGGUGGUGAUCGUCGGAAAUUCGCAAAGCGGGCAAGAUUUAUCGAUGGAAAUCGUGAAAGUAGCAAAGGAAGUGUACCUGAGUGCCAGAUCCCUGGAUAUUACGGAGGGUUUAUCUAAAGUCAUUUCCAAAAAUAGCAAGUUGCAUCUUCGCCUACAAAUAGAGUCUCUCCAUGAAGAUGGAAGGGUUCGAUUCGAAGAUGGGUCAUGUGUCAUAGCAGACACCAUCAUAUAUUGCACAGGGUAUUCAUACUCAUUUCCAUUCCUUGACACCAAAGGGAAGAUAGGCGUAGAAGACAAUAGGGUGGGGCCUCUGUUUGAGCAUACUUUUCCUCCAUCACUGCCUCCUUCCCUCUCUUUUAUCGGCAUUCCAAGAAAGUUGAUAGGGUUCCCAUUCUUUGAAUCCCAAGCAAAAUGGAUAGCACAGGUGCUGAGUGGGAAACGAAGGCUGCCAUCAUACGACGACAUGAUCCUUUCCAUCAAAGAGUUUUAUCGCUCGAAGGAACUCGCCGGCAUUCGCAAAUCAGAUACUCACGAUAUUUGUGACUUCGAGUAUUGUGAUAGAUAUGCAGAUUAUAGCGAGUCCCCACAUUUGGAAGAAUGGAGGAAAAUAUUAUGCAUGUCGUCGCUUUUAAAUUACUACACAAAUUUGGAGAGUUUUAGGGAUUCGUGGGAUGAUAAUGAAGAGUUGCUUCAAGAAGCUCUUCAAAGCCCCCAUUUCACUCAACUUCAGCCUCAACCCUAGAUCAAUUUUUGAUAUAUAUAAUAUUUUACA